GGUUCAGCCCUGAUGGUAGGCAAUUCAUCUUACCACGAAAAUAUUUAUUUAGAUGAUUCAGUUUUGACACUUAAGGCAAUUAGAAAAACUGUUAAAUCAGAGAAUAUAACGUUUAAUUAUCUAUCGGGUGCUAUUCACGCCAAAAAUUAUCUUGGUGUGACUGAUCAAUAUCCAUCUUGUGUUAUAUGUGGUGAUUUUAUAGGACCUAUGAUUCCAGGCGCUUGGCCAGGUGACAAAAAUAAUAAUUUUAAUAUUUUCAUCCAAAAUAAAUAUACUCCCAUUUACUGGGACAAAAUUCCUAUCACCUGCCCUAAUGAUUGGAAUACUUAUUGUAUUUCUAUGAAAAAAACAAAUAAGACGGAUGUUAAAAUAACAUUUUCCCUUAAUAAUGAGCAUAAUAUAACACAUACAGUAUCUGGAUAUGUUGGAGAACAAUUUUAUCUAAUUAUUAACUUGGAAAUGGAGGGAGAUUCGGG